CAUGUCACUACCCAGGCGGAGGCGUCAGAAUGCGGGCACCACAGCUCGCACCCCUCCCGACUCAUCUGUAGCCUACUGUACCGUAUCAACUCCUUCUCCUGCUCAGGGCACGGAGCGUAAGUUACAGGGACCAAGGAGCCGAGCUUUGCGGUAAUAUGCAAUAUACGCACCUUUAUUGCGGCGGAUUUAAACGUUUCAUUUCAAGGAGUGACCGAGCCGUAUAACAGGAACCAAAAGAGGACGUUUUAGAAAUCAACAAGCCGUCCUGUUCCAACCAGAUCAGCAUCCGGCCUCCCGAGGAAGCGAGUUCUGGAGGUCGGCACCAAACGUCGUUCAUCAUCUCUGGAGGUCCGAUCAUGGAGAAGAUGAAACGCUUCAGGAGGCGUCUGUCCCUGACCCUGCGGCCCAGCCAGUCGGUGGACGAGUCGCUGUCCGAGCUGGCCGAGCAGCUGACCAUCGAAGACAGCGUCUCCAAGGACAGCGAGCCCAUCGUGCGUAACGGCCGGCCCCCCACCUCCCACAGCAUGCAGUCCUUCCUGCACCAGUACACCUCCAGCUCCUUCAAGAAGCCCCCCCUGCGGCGGCCCCACAGCGUCAUCGGGGGCAGCCUGGGCUCCUUCAUGGCCAUGCCGCGCAACGGCAGCCGCCUGGACAUCGUCCAUGAGAACCUGAAGAUGGGUUCUGACGGGGAGAGCGACCAGGCGUCGGGCACCUCCUCCGACGAGGUGCAGUCCCCCACGGGGGUGUGUCUGCGCAACCGCAUCCACCGCCGCAUCUCCAUGGAGGACCUGAACAAGCGGCUCUCCCUGCCGGCUGAUAUCCGUAUCCCAGACGGCUACCUGGAGAAGCUGCAGCUCAGCAGCCCCGGCUUCGACCAACCCCUCAGCCGCCGCUCCCGCAGAGCCUCCCUGUCUGAGAUCGGCUUCGGCAAGUUGGAGACGUACAUCAAACUGGACAAACUGGGCGAGGGUACCUACGCCACGGUGUUUAAGGGGCGCAGUAAGCUGACUGACAACCUGGUCGCGCUGAAGGAGAUCCGGCUGGAGCACGAGGAGGGGGCGCCCUGCACGGCCAUCAGAGAGGUGUCGUUAUUGAAGGAUCUGAAACAUGCUAAUAUCGUCACGUUACAUGACAUCAUCCACACGGACAAAAGCCUCACCCUCGUCUUUGAGUACCUGGAUAAGGAUCUGAAGCAGUACAUGGACGACUGUGGCAACAUCAUGAGCAUGCACAAUGUGAAGAUCUUCCUGUACCAGAUCCUACGAGGUCUGGCCUACUGCCACAAGCGGAAGGUCCUCCACCGAGACCUGAAGCCCCAGAACCUCCUCAUCAACGAGAAGGGCGAGCUCAAGCUGGCCGACUUCGGCCUGGCCCGGGCCAAGUCAGUGCCCACGAAGACGUACUCCAACGAGGUGGUGACGCUGUGGUACCGCCCCCCCGACGUCCUGCUGGGCUCCUCCGAGUACUCCACGCAGAUAGACAUGUGGGGCGUGGGGUGCAUAUUGUACGAGAUGGCGGCGGGUCGGCCCCUGUUCCCCGGCUCCACCGUGGACGAUGAGCUGCACCUGAUCUUCAGGUUACUGGGCACACCGACCGAGGAGAACUGGCCAGGGAUCACGAGCAUAGAAGAGUUCAAGUCCUACAAGUUCCCCAAAUACAAACCACAGCCCUUCAUCAACCACGCACCCAGACUGGAUACAGAAGGCAUCGAGUUGCUGUUGUCGUUUUUAAAAUUUGAGUCCAAGAAGAGGAUCUCGGCGGAGGAGGCCAUGAAGCACGGCUACUUCAGGAGCCUCGGCCUCCGAGUCCCCACACUGCAUGAGAGUAUAUCGAUAUUCACGCUCAAAGAGAUUCAGCUGCAACGAGACCCUGGAUAUAGGAACUCUUCCUACCCAGACUCUAGCAACGGAAAGAUCAACAGGAGACAGAGCAUGCUCUUCUAGAUCAUCGACCUGACCAGAGGAAGAGGAUAGUGGCACCCCACUUCCACAUGCACGCGCACACACACACACACACAAAUCUUUCACCCUUCCCUGGAACACAGGAAGAGAGAAUGACUGGAGUGGAACCAGGGAAAGUGUUCAAAUUGCAAUGCUUGUACGUAGAUCUGUGUAAAUUUGUGUGUGUGUGUGUGUGUGUGUGUGUGUGUGUGUGUGUGUGUGUGUGUGUGUGUGUGUGUGUGUGUGUGUGUGUGUGUGUGUGUGUGUGUGUGUGUGUGUGUGUGUGUGUGUGUGUGUGUGUGUGUGUGUGCAUGCAUGCGAAGGGGUGUUUUUGCUGCUAAACUACUACUGUAUGUAUUUUACAUGCCGUGUGUGUGUGCCUGUGUGUGUGUGUGUGCGCCUGUGUUUGUGCCUGCCUGCCUGUGUGUGUGUGUGUGUGUGUGUGCCUGUGUGUGUAUGUGUGUGUGUGUGUUGACAUGAUGUGAACCAGAGUCGUGGCGGUCUACAGCCGGCAGGUCGAUGCAGAUAUUUUAUUGUUGUUCACUUUGAUUCUCUAAGGUUAUUUAGUUUUGUUCUAAUGGUUAAAUUAUGGACUCAAGUCGUGGAAACGUCAACGCAACGUUUUUCCUAAUGCUCUCGUCGUGCUCGCCCUCGUGUUUGGGGAUCGAACGCCUUUUGGUUCGGUCCCUACUUUAGAUAUUUAAAAAACGUAUAUUAUGGAUUUCUUUGGCGAGUCGGGGCGCAAAAACGACUUGGAUUCCCAUGACGCGUGACUCGUGUGGAAAACAUUCCGAACCGGGACAAGGACCCGAAUCCCC